AUUCUCAUCAGGUAACAUCACACCAGUGGCGGGAAACUCAACUCUGGAAUGGCACCUCCACUAAGUGCAGCUGAAUCACAACAGCGUUACAGAGCACGUCGUGAUGCUGACCCAGAGAGAAGACAGCAAUACCUGGAGAACGGGAGAGAAAAAUGGAAAAGGGACAGAGAGAAAGGCAUACAUACUGGUAUCAAUGAUGUCAGUGAGAGAGAGAAAAGGGCAAAGAGGAAGAAAUGGAGAGAGGCAAAGAGAGCAACCAGGGCCAAAGCCAGGAGAUCACAGGACACUCCCCCUGCAACUCCAGACAAUCAGCCAGAGACAGGAUCAGGGCCUCCAAGGCAACGCCGUCAAGGUGAAAAAAGAACAAGAAUUGGAAGGAGAAAGCGUCAACGAGACAUGGCCCUUUUAAAAGCCCAACUGGAUAGAGAAAUAAGAAGCAAGGAAAAGUACAGGGACAUCAGUUGUUUCUGUCAGAGGCUGGAUGGUCAACUGGAUUGUGCCUGCUUCGACCUUAAAGUAGCUACUCUGGAUGGAGUUCCAGUGCCGCCCCCAACACAGACACCCCCAACCGAGAACAGAGAGACCCCAUGGCGACCAGAGGAGGUUGACAGCAAGUACAUUGGAGAUUGGUGUGUUGUCAAGUAUGAUGAUGACGUGUACCCUGGAAUCAUCAUGGAUGUCGAAGAGCAUAGCAUUCGGGUGAAGUGCAUGCAUCGCAAUGGGGUAAACAAAUUCUGCUGGCCAAGUCCACGCGAUGAUGUCAGCUGGUAUGCAGAUGACCAACUUCUCUGUCUUAUACCAGAGCCACAAGCACUCAACAAGCGCUCUGUCCAACUGGAGAAGUCCACAUGGAAAUACAUGGAAGACCACUAUGUAAACUAGAAUGUGACUGUUGGAGACCAUAGGUCAUUCAAAAAGGUUUUCUUACUGGUUCAUUGUUAGCCGAUGUUCCUGUUUCUUUGGGUUCUGGCUCCACAGAAAUUCUCCAGCUGUUCCUCCUGGGGCUUCUUGUGUUUUCUUACCUCUGUGGGGUUUAGACCUGUCUGGUCAUGUUACUGGGCUGUUUCCUCAGGGUAUGCCCAAUCCAGCCUAAUUUCCUGCAAUUCUGUUUAAUGGUUCCUGUUUUGUGAUUCGCCAGAGCGGUGGUUAUUUUGUAGAAAUGUGUAAUUUACCCAAGAAAAUGAACAGAAAAUUAAAUAUUUGGAAAUCUAUGUUCUUUCACUUUCUUCCAAGUCAGAAAGUUUAGUCAUACUAUAAUUAAUAAAAUGCAUUCAAUCACA